UCUCUAAGCAGGGUAUGGGGUUUACAGAGUUCAACCAAUCAUAUAACGCCGAGAUCGGGUUGCCAGGCAGAUUAUGCUAACGAGACCCCGCCUUUUAUGCUGCUCCCACUCUGCGGCGGGAAGAACCACCUGGAGGUGGCGGGGGGGGUUUGAUUUCCAUCACCCCUAGGGAGAGAGGACCGGGGACCCGCUGAUCUUCCAGCUCCCCUCACCCAACGUCGUGCACAUUGCAGAGAGGUCUUCUGUCCUUCAUGAACACUCACGUGGUAGACAGAUGACUGUGCUCCACCCUCUCCUGCCCUAGGUGCCCUGGACGUGGAGCUGCCCAGUAGGGAAAAGAUGGAUUCCAAAGAUGAAAGCUCACACGUGUGGCCUCCGUCUGCGGAACACGAAGAGAAUGCUGCGCAGGUACACUUUGUUCCAGACGCUGGUACUGUGGCUCAGAUUGUCUACACUGAUGACCAGGUUCGCCCGCCCCAGCAGGUGGUGUACACGGCAGAUGGUGCCUCCUACACUUCAGUGGACGGUCCGGAGCAUACACUGGUGUACAUCCAUCCUGUGGAGGCCGCGCAGACUCUGUUUACAGACCCAGGCCAGGUAGCUUAUGUCCAGCAGGAUGCUGCAGCUCAGCAGGCCUCGUUACCGGUGCAUAACCAGGGGUUACCUUCAAUCGAGAGUGUGGAUGGGUCAGACCCUUUGGCAACUCUGCAGAACCCUAUGGGCAGACUGGAGGCCAAAGAGGAAGAGGAUGAGGAUGAGGAUGAGGAUACUGAGGAAGAUGAGGAAGAAGAUGGUGAAGACACGGACCUGGAUGAUUGGGAACCAGAUCCACCCCGGCCUUUUGACCCGCACGACUUGUGGUGUGAGGAGUGUAAUAAUGCACAUUCUUCGGUGUGCCCGAAGCAUGGCCCCCUGCAUCCGAUCCCCAACCGGCCGGUGCUCACGAGGGCGAGGGCCAGCCUCCCGCUGGUCCUGUACAUCGACAGGUUCCUUGGCGGGGUGUUCUCCAAAAGGCGCAUCCCCAAGCGCACCCAGUUUGGCCCUGUGGAGGGCCCCCUCGUCAGGGAGUCCGAGCUGAAAGACUGCUAUAUUCACUUAAAGGUUUCUCUUGAUAAAGGGGACAGGAAGGACAGGGAUCUGCAUGAGGAUCUCUGGUUUGAGUUGUCUGAUGAGACCCUUUGUAACUGGAUGAUGUUUGUGCGUCCGGCCCAGAAUCACCUGGAGCAGAACCUGGUGGCUUACCAAUACGGCCACCAUGUGUAUUACACAACCAUAAAGAACGUGGAACCCAAGCAGGAGCUCAAGGUGUGGUAUGCUGCGUCCUAUGCUGAGUUUGUGAACCAGAAAAUUCACGACAUUUCUGAGGAAGAGAGGAAAGUUCUUCGAGAGCAAGAGAAGAAUUGGCCCUGCUAUGAAUGUAACCGCCGAUUUAUAAGCUCAGAGCAGUUGCAACAGCAUCUCAAUUCCCACGAUGAGAAACUGGAUGUGUUUAGCAGAACAAGAGGCAGAGGAAGGGGACGAGGCAAGAGGCGAUUUGGCCCAGGUCGACGGCCAGGGCGUCCUCCAAAAUUUAUCCGCUUGGAAAUAACCAGCGAAAACGGGGAGAAGUGUGAUGACGGGACACAGGAGUUGCUCCAUUUUUCCACCAAGGAGCAGUUUGACGAGGCUGAACCAGCUGCUCUGAAUGGGCUGGAUCAGCCAGAGCAGACCACUCUCCCAAUCCCACAGCUGCCACAGGAAACCCAGUCUUCUCUGGAGCACGAGCCAGAAACUCACAGCCUCCAUCUGCAGCCGCAGCACGAGGAGAGUGUGCUGCCCACCCAGAGCACUCUGACGGCCGAUGACAUGCGCAGAGCCAAACGCAUCCGAAAUGCAGCUCUUCAGCAUCUGUUUAUUCGGAAGUCCUUCCGGCCUUUUAAAUGUUUGCAGUGUGGGAAGGCCUUCCGUGAAAAGGACAAGCUGGACCAACAUGUGCGCUUCCACGGGCGGGAGGGGAACUGCCCGUUGACCUGUGACCUCUGUAACAAGGGCUUCAUCAGCAGUGCGUCCUUAGAGAGCCACAUGAAGCUCCAUUCGGACCAGAAGACUUACUCUUGCAUUUUUUGCCCAGAAUCCUUUGACCGCCUUGAUUUGUUGAAAGAUCAUGUGGCCAUUCAUAUCAAUGAUGGCUACUUCACCUGCCCAACUUGUAAGAAACGGUUCCCAGAUUUUAUCCAGGUGAAAAAACACGUGCGAAGCUUCCACUCGGAGAAGAUCUACCAGUGCACAGAGUGCGACAAGGCCUUCUGUCGUCCUGACAAACUGCGACUCCACAUGCUCCGACACUCAGACCGCAAAGACUUCCUGUGUUCCACGUGUGGGAAGCAGUUUAAGCGAAAAGACAAACUCCGGGAACAUAUGCAAAGGAUGCAUAAUCCUGAGAGGGAGGCCAAGAAAGCCGACCGCAUCAGCCGCUCCAAGACGUUCAAGCCUCGCAUCACAUCCACGGACUACGACAGCUUCACCUUCAAGUGCCGCCUGUGCAUGAUGGGCUUCCGCAGGCGAGGCAUGCUGGUAAAUCACUUAUCAAAGAGGCACCCAGACAUGAAGAUAGAGGAGGUGCCGGAGCUGACUCUGCCCAUCAUCAAACCCAACCGCGAUUACUUCUGUCAGUACUGCGAUAAGGUUUAUAAAAGUGCCAGCAAGCGGAAAGCUCAUAUUCUGAAGAACCAUCCGGGGGCUGAGCUCCCACCAAGCAUUCGGAAACUUCGUCCUGCCGGCCCCGGAGAGCCAGACCCCAUGCUGAGCACCCACACCCAGCUCACGGGCACCAUAGCUACCCCUCCCGUCUGCUGCCCUCACUGCUCCAAACAGUACAGCAGCAAGACCAAGAUGGUACAACACAUUCGAAAGAAGCAUCCAGAGUAUGCCCAGCUCCCUAACACCCUGCAUACACCACUGACAACAGCGGUGAUCAGUGCUACGCCAGCUGUUUUAACUACAGAUAGUGCUACUGGAGAGACCGUGGUGACAACAGACCUACUAACCCAAGCCAUGACAGAACUGUCCCAGACCUUGACAACAGAUUACCGAACGCCACAAGGGGACUACCAGAGAAUUCAGUAUAUCCCUGUGUCGCAGUCCACAUCUGGUCUUCAGCAGCCUCAGCAUAUACAGCUGCAAGUGGUGCAGGUGGCUCCGGCCACUUCCCCUCACCAGUCUCAGCAGUCCACUGUGGAUGUUGGCCAGCUCCAUGAUCCUCAGACCUACACCCAGCAUGCCAUCCAGGUGCAGCACAUCCAGGUCACUGAGCCCACGGCCUCAGCGCCAUCGUCAUCCCAGCCUCUGAGCCCCUCUUCCCAGCAGUCGCAGCAGGGGCUCAGCCCCUCCCACAUACCAGGCGGGUCUUCUGCACAAGGUCAGACCCUCCAGCAGCAGCCGCAGAGCUCCUCUGUACAACACACAUACCUACCCAAUGCUUGGAAUUCCUUCCGCGGCUAUUCAUCCGAGAUUCAAAUGAUGACACUUCCCCCAGGUCAGUUUGUGAUUACAGAUAGUGGUGUGGCAACUCCUGUCACCACUGGUCAAGUGAAGGCUGUUACUCCGGGUCAUUAUGUGUUAUCAGAAAGUCAACCAGAAUUGGAGGAAAAGCAAGCUUCUGCUCUCUCCGGGGGAGUCCAGGUUCAGACAACUGCACACAGUGACUUGGACCCCCAGACCACCAGCCAACAGCAGCCCACACAGUACAUCAUUACAACCACCACCAACGGGAACGGAAGCAGUGAAGUGCAUAUCACUAAACCUUAACUUCUGUCCUUGAGCUAGAAUGGAGCAGUCACAUCAUGUGUUUUCUCAUUCAUACGUCCAAAAGCUUCUGACAAUUAGAACUCUUUUUAAGAUUUAUCCUUCAUCAAGAGUUUGGAAACCACAGUUUUGACACUCAUACAUACACUGGGACUUAUUUUAUCAAGGUCAUAUUUACCAAACUGACUCUUCAAACCUUAGGAGUUUCUGCCACAGAGUGGAGGUCUUUCAGGGGAAAGUAGAUUUCAAGAUGGAGAAAAUUUGCCUUGCUCUUGAGUUGGUUUUUUAACACAUUGUUAAGCCUUACUUUUCCUUUGUGGAAAUAUUAUGUGGUGUUUUGUGUUUGUACCAAAGGUGGAGAAAGGAUGUGCCAAGUCCACGGCCACUAGACUUCUUAAUUCCAAGCCAUGGCACCAAAGGAGACGAGGCAUUUUAUGGGCAUGUUUAGGUCAGAACUGCUUCAUCUUGUGAGUUUGUGUUUUCAGUAAUUUAACAAAGGGAGCCUAUUGAAUAUGAAAAUAACAAUGAUGAAACAAAGGUUUGACAGUGAUGUUCUGAAAGAACAGCUGUCAUCUAAAUUUUUCUUAUUGCUGAUUUAAAAAAAAAAAUCACCUUUUUUGGAAAUCUGUUGUUGGGCUAUUGGUAGUGCUUUCCAUAGAUGCUAGCCAUCAGCGGAUUAGGCUAGAACCUCAUGUUCUGACAGAUCUGACUUUACUACUCCACAACGCUGGACUCCUCAGUAAGAGAAAAGGUUGCUUGAUGUCAGCAGAAUUUAAACUCCUACAUUAAAGCAUUGCCUCCUCUUCUCUGGUUGGGGUUAUAUUAAGGAGAUAUUGGAGAUAUUGGUACCAAUAAAAAUCACUAAAGCAAUUAUAUAUAUAUAUAUAUAUAUAUAUAUAUAUAUAUAUGUAAAGUUAAAAGCACUGAAACCUUGUCUUGCCUUGCAGGAGCCAUUUAUCAUUCAUUGGUAAAGGAUGAAUUCCUUGCUCUUACCAGGUGUACAUUCAACUCUUGCUCACAGCAUUCAGUGUAUUUUAGUACUUCUAAUACUACCCUAAAAUGAACAUUCUUUAAGGUUGGAUGAAAAGGUGGCCUUCUUUAUUUCUUAAUAUUUUUAACUUAAACAUAAUGCAACUCAUCUGGACCUUUUGGUAAGAUGACCAACUUUACACUUAGGGGAAAAAUAAAAAUGUGGGGACCAUUUAUAAUAUGUUAAGGUAAUUACAAGGAGUCUGGAAGAAAUCCAUAUUUAAGAAUAUUACACUGUUAGUUGAGAGAGGAGAAAACAUCUGCCUCAAUGAUAGUUUUCCUGAAGUGUGUGUUCCUGUUUAGAGUCUUGUUAGCUUAUGAAUUCAAUGGGGAAAAAUAUUUCCUUUCUUUUUACUGUGCAUUCCAGUUGUACACAUAAAACAUUACAGAAAUCAGUAUGUAUUUUAACAACUUUUUGUGACGUGCUAACACAUUUUUAGAGUAAUUAUUGCAUGGUAGAAUUUAUCACUCCAGAACAGAAAGACCUAACUUCAGUUUCAAAUGAAGUUAACUAAUUUAUUUUAUUUACAUUUCUGGGUAAAAACUGGUUCUAUAAAUUAAGAAGUAUAGUCGCUUCUCUAUGGUAAAGAUAUCUUUCUGAAAAGUAAACAAUUCUGUUGAAAUAACUUUACUAAUAUGUAGAUUUUGCACUUUAUUUUUGAGACCUCAUUCAUUUAGUUAUCCUUGAAAAUUUGGACACUAAAAGAACUUGAGAAAGUUACUUGGUAAAUGUGUAGAAACUGAAAAUGGACUCUGUCUUUGGUAACGAAGAGGUAACGCCAAUAUUUUUAAUAGAAAACAUUGACCCUGAGUCACUGACUCUGGGUCCUAAAGUCCCAUAAUGUAAUGACUGUAAAUAUCCUAGUGUCCAGUCUACAAAGACUUGCUAGGUGAAGAAUAUUAGACUUUCCUAAAGGUCCAGUUUAAUUUUUAUACCUUAAAUUUGGCCCUAUUUUGUCCUUUUUAAUUUGAACCAACAAGGUACUCCCCCUCCCCUCAGGAAUAACUUAUUAUCACUGAGUGGAAUGUUCAUUUUAUGCCAGUUAUUUCAAGUUUUAAAAUACACAGAACAAAAUAUUGUGGAAGGACCUCUUUGUCUUUUUCCCAUCUAAGUUUUUUUUAAUUUGUCCUUAUGUGGAAUAAGUAAAACUAAUUUGUCUAUUAUUCACCAGAGAUGCAGGUGGCGGUCAAGCCAAACAACACUGUGUUAAGAUCAGGUAUCCUGCACAUUCAUUCCAAGGUAACAGAUUUUCAAAAGGCCUUGGAUUCAAAAAGAUGUCAGAUUAUAAGCCAUCUGAAGACCCAAUUCGGAAAAAAUGUGUGUAGCUAAUGUUUAUAUUGUGGUCUCUCUUAAGACACAUUGGCACUGUAGACUUCGAUCAGUGCAUUUGAAAAUUCUGGAGUAGGUUACAUAUAGAUUUUACAUUUUUAUUGUUUAAUUUGUGCCCACAUAAAUAGAUAUUUCAUCAUGUAAGAUUCCUGUUAUUCUGGAAAAACCUAUUGUUUUGAUCUUGAAUUAUUUUCUGAUUUGGAAUUAUCCUUUCAAAAAACUCUUAAGAUGUCUAGGGCUAAAAAGCACUUCAUGAGAUGCUAAAGAUGACCCACAGGUUGAAAAUGUUACCCUAUCCUGUUAUUUAAAUGUGAACAUUUAUUGUACAUUCAGUGAGUUAUAGUGUUAAUAGUGUUGUGCUACUCAGCAGGUGUAAAAAUUAAUAAAUAUUUUUUUUAAUAAA